AUGCUCUCUGCCUCUGUGCCCAAUGACACUGCCCCCCACCCUUCUGCAUUUAUUCUGCUUGGAAUCCCUGGAAUGCAAGACCACCAUGUUUGGAUUGCUAUCCCCUUCUGCUCCAUGUACGUCCUUGCUUUGUUAGGCAAUGGUACUGUUCUUUACAUCAUCAUGACAGACACAGCUCUGCAUGAGCCAAUGUACCUUUUCCUGUGUCUACUUUCCAUCACUGACCUGGUACUCUGUUCAACUACAUUGCCCAAAAUGCUAACAAUCUUCUGGAUUAGGUCUCACAUAAUUUCCUACCAUGGCUGCCUCACCCAGAUGUUUUUUGUUCAUGCAGUCUUUGCCACAGAGUCAGCUGUUCUGCUGGCCAUGGCUUUUGACCGCUAUGUGGCUAUCUGCCGUCCACUUCAUUACACAGCCAUCCUCAACGCCACCAUGAUUGGGAAGAUUGGUCUGGCAUGUGUGGUUCGUGGUCUUCUCUUUGUCUUCCCCUUUGUCAUCCUUAUUGAACGCUUACCCUUUUGUGGACAUCACAUCAUCCCCCACACCUACUGUGAGCACAUGGGCAUAGCCAAGCUUGCCUGUGCCAGCAUCAAGCCCAACACCAUUUAUGGUCUCACUGUGGCACUUUCAAUCACUGGCAUGGAUGUGGUCCUCAUUGCCACUUCCUACGUCCUGAUCCUAAGGGCUGUGCUGCGCCUACCCUCCAAGGAUGCCCAGUUCCGAGCAUUUAGCACUUGUGGAGCCCAUAUCUGUGUGAUUCUUGUCUUCUAUAUCCCUGCCUUUUUUUCCUUUUUCACACAUCGUUUUGGCCAUCAAGUACCUCCUGAGAUCCACAUUGUACUUGCAAAUCUCUAUCUCCUCGUGCCCCCUGUUCUCAACCCCCUGGUAUACGGCAUUAAUACCAAAGAGAUCCGCCUGAGAAUAUUUGGCUUUUUUAUGAGGAGGAGGUAA